AUGUCACACAUCGAUGCUCUGAUGCCGCAUUAUGACCAUCUCUUUGCGCGAGAUGGUGGCCUUCACCCUCCUCCACAAGUUCUGCGCAGCUGGCCCACGCCGAACUACAUCAAUCCAGAGGAGCGAGGACGGACUUCAUCGAUUGUGUUGUCAGCAGUACUUGGCGUGACGUUUUUCGUAUACAUUGCACGCAUGUGGGCACGUCUAGGUCUCGGGAAGAACGCUGGAUGGGAUGACACACUCAUGAGCCUUGCUAUUGUACCACUGUUCGGUCUGACAAUAUCAGUUAUACUUGCUAUUAGGAUAUACGGUUUCCAGUGGCAUGCUUGGGACCAAACGAAAGAGAGCUUGGUCACUACCCGACAGAUUACAAUGUGCAUCGAGAUCAACUAUAUGAUCUGUACGACAUUGAUCAAGAUCUCGAUUCUUUGCUUUUAUCGACGCAUCACUGCCUCGCUCACCAUCACCUUUGUGUAUUGGGUUUGGGGAUCUAUCGUCUUCUGCGUUCUGUAUGGGAUUACCUUUGUGCUGUUGAUAUCCUUCACUUGCUCCCCGGCUCACGGUUUUUUCCACAUCUUCGACGUUGCUUGGAGGUCUCAGCACGAGCUGACUUGCCGCGAUGAAGGAGCUAUUAUUGUGGCUGUUGCUGCUAUCAGCACUGUGCAGGACUUCAUUAUCUGCCUGCUUCCUAUUUUCCUCAUCUGGAACCUUCGGAUUUCCAAGACUCAGAAGUUUGCUUUGUGUGGUAUCUUUGCGCUCGGCCUUGUGACCUGCAUCUGCGGCAUCUUGCGCACGUACUUCGCAACGUAUGUGUACUACUACACUUAUGACAUCACAUGGUACGCUUACUAUGGCUGGAUCUGGACAGCUCUCGAGGCCGACUUGGCUGUCAUCUGUGCCUCCGCUCCAGCGCUCAAGAUGUUCUUCCGCCGUUACUUCAACAUGAAAACUUCCCGUUCCGACUACGCGGUAUCUGGGGGUAGAACAGAGGUGCCCAUGAUGCUGGAGGUGCAAAUUGACAGAAGAGACGAUGCAUCCCAAAGCAGUUUCGCUAGCACAAGGAAGCUCAUUGCCUUGUCUACGCUACAGGAUGACCCCGGGCAGGGCGCAAGUCCGUGGAGACGGGUUUGUCGUACAGUCUGCGCAGCUCUGCAGCCGCUGAGUAGAGGGACCCAAUCGAGAAGCCAGAACAAGGAUGUCGAGAUCGGUACAGCGAGGUGA